UCAAAAUCCUGGUGAUGUGAUAGGACAUGCUAAACCUCACAGUUUGAAGGGAUCAAUGCAGAGAGUUCGGCAAAUGCUAGAUGAGAUUACAUCCAGUUCAUCAAGCUCAUCAGACAGUGAGGGUGACUCAAACAGCCAACCCUUUCACGCACCUCCUGGCUACCAACUCAAUGUCAUAUCAGACUCAGAAGUCUCCGAAACUGGCGUCUCAGCUGCACUACGUGAUGACUCCCGACUGACAAUUGUUGUCGCCCAACUGAGAGAAAUAAUCGGCGGCGACGCGGCGCAAGAGCAACUAGAAGAAGUGGCCAUUGCGGCAGACUAUGACGUCAAUAGAGCCGUGAACUAUUUCUUCUCAUUGUAAUACCACCAGCUUGUAUUAUGAUUCCCUCAGUGUACAGUAUACAGUAAUAAGUAUUAGCGCUAUGUAUAACUACAUAAUAUCUAAAUCAGUGACGUCAUCAUUUCCAA